AUGGGUGGAGUUAGUUCAAGAGUAUUAAAACUAUUUAAACAAAGAGAUACUAAAAUUUUAUGUCUCGGAUUAGAUGGAGCUGGAAAAACAACAUUAUUAUAUAAAUUAAUAUUAAAUGAAGUCGUUGAAACCAUUCCAACAUUGGGAUACAAUGUAGAAACUGUACAACAUAAAAAUUUAACCUUUUCAGUUUGGGAUUUGGCAGGUCAAGAAAGAAUCCGUGCCACUUUCUGGACACCAUUCUUUGCCAAGACAUCUGCCAUUAUAUUUGUAGUCGAUAGUAGUGAUCGUAGUAGAAUCGAAGAGGCAUCAACUGAAUUGAAUAAAUUGAUGAAAGAAGAUGAACUCAAAAACAUACCGGUCCUAGUAUAUGCCACAAAACAAGAUUGCGUCGAUCCAAUGGAUGUACCAGAGCUCACCGAUUGCUUAAACCUUCACCAAGUCAAAGAUAGAAAAUGGUAUAUCCAACCAGCCAGAACUAUCGAAGGUAUUGGUAUCUAUGAAGGUUUGGAUUGGUUGGCAAAUCUACUCACCGACAAGAAAAAACAUCAAAAGAAAUCAUCAACUGCAUCUGACACCAAAUCACCAAAUGCAACAUCCCCUGUAACCUCUCCUAAAUUCCCAUCAUUUAAUUUUAAUAGUAAAAAAACAACUCCAAUUAAAACUUAA